CAGGCGAUGAGAGCUCUGAUUAUUUUGCUGGUGAUUUCAACGCAAGAGGAUCAGAAGGGUAAAAGAAAUAACGGCACGAGCAGCAAAUCAAACAGAAAACGUGAGUCUGAUAAACUGAGACUUUCCCAGUCCUGGUUUGCUGGAAGUGAACAUAAUGGCAUCACCAGAUGCAAGUGACCAUGUCCCAGGAAAACUUCACAAAUACUCACAAAGUUUAAAAACAAUGAUCCCUUUUCGCUCAAAGUCAAAGAAUCCAUCUCGCGCUCCUGAGGAUAAUGCCGGACUGUUUUCAUACAUCACUUUCCAGUGGUUGGCACCUGUGAUGAUAAAUGCCUCGAGAGGGAAACUGAACCAAGAUACACUUCCCCCCCUCUCCGAGCUCAACUGCUCAGAUGCCAACGCCAAAAGGUUUAUGCGUCUUUGGGAGAAAGAAGUGGAAAGGGUUGGCUAUAAGAAAGCUUCCUUGGGAAGAGUCACUGUCCAGUUUCAGCGAACACGGCUUAUUGUAACCCUACUGUGUACAAUUGUCUCCAUGACCUGUGCCUUUUUGGGACCGGGAAUCUUGAUCAAUGCCAUACUGCGACACGUUGAAGAGAAGUCAGAAAACCUUGUAUAUGGGAUCGGCCUUUGCUUUGGACUAAUCACGACGGAGUUACUAAAAAUCGUGUUCUUCGCAGCAAUUUGGUCCAUCAACUACCAGACUGGUAUCCGAUUAAAAGGAGCUGUCACUACAUCAGCAUUUAUUAAGCUGCUGCAUCUUAAACAUUUGAACAACACAUCCAUUGGUGAGGUGCUGAACUUGUUAUCAAAUGAUGGCCAACGAAUAUUUGAAGCAGCCUUGUUAUGUCCCCUCUUGUUUGGCAUUCCAGUGUUGCUCAUCAGCUGUACAGUAUAUAGUUAUUAUUUACUUGGACCAACAUCAUUAUUUGGAAUUGUUGUUUAUGCUUUGUUUAUACCCAUUCAGAUGUUACUGGCACAAUUAGUGAUGAGAUUUCGGAGUAAAGCCAUCACACAGACAGAUACUCGCGUGCGACUGAUGAACGAAGUGCUGACGCAUAUUAAACUUAUUAAAAUGUAUGCAUGGGAAAAAUCAUUUGGUCGUUCUGUUAAAGAUGUGAGGAAAAAGGAAACAAAUAUAUUUCGAAAAGCUGGAUAUGUACAGAGUGUAAAUAAUUCCCUGGCACCGACGGUCCCAGCAUUUGCCACAGUCGUCACCUUUGUUGUACACACACUGUUGGGUCAAGAGCUGACUGCAUCCACGGCAUUCACUGUGAUUGCAGUCUUCAUGAUCAUGAGAUUCACAUUGGGUACUGCGCCCUAUUCAGUUAAAGGGUUUGCAGAGGCCAGAGUUUCUUUGAGAAGAUUAAAGAAAAUUUUGAUAAUGGAAAACCCUGAAGUCUAUGUGAAAUCUCUGCAAGAUUCGCCUUUUGCAGUGGUGUUGGAAAAUGCAUCGCUCUCAUGGAGCAGUGCAAAUGGGGAUGAAGGAGCACCAAAUCCUGGCGACGGGGUCUCAAACAGAAAAGAUGCCUUUGACACCGACAAAACACGCCAGGCCAAUAUUAAUGGGCAGGUGGGUGAGACGACCCCUGAAACUGCAUCAGAGGAAGAUGGCAGUGCCUCAACGACUCUUUGCAACCUCACCCUCAACUUGGAAAAGGGAAUGCUUUUGGGAAUUUGUGGAAAUGUAGGAAGUGGAAAGAGUUCUUUACUAUCUGCUCUGCUUGGACAGAUGAAUCUGCAUAGUGGGACGGUCGCUGUUAAUGAAUCGCUGGCCUUUGUAUCCCAGCAAGCUUGGAUAUUUCAUGGGACAAUCAGGGAAAACAUAUUAUUUGGAAGGACGUUAGAUAAUGAAAGGUACAAGAAGGUGAUUGAAAUCUGCUGUCUGGGACAAGACCUGGCCGCGCUGCCCUUUGGAGACACAACUGAAGUAAAGGCUGACUGUGCUGCAUCGAGCAACAAUACCACAGCAUGGGACUGCAGCAGCAUCACCAAAAACCCCCAGCUCCAGUUCUACCAGCUUGUGUACGGAAUGUCUAUUGUCGCCAUCAUUGCUCUGAGUGCCAUUAAAGGAUUUUUCUUCACCAAUUUUACCAUGAAGUCAUCCUGUACGCUGCACGACAAAGUGUUUUACAAGAUCUUACAUUGUCCGAUGGCGUUCUUUGACACGACUCCAUCUGGGAGGAUUAUCAACCGCUUCUCCAAGGAUACGGAUGAGAUGGAUGUGAGGCUGCCUUUUAACGCUGAGAAUUUCCUGCAACAAAUUAUGGUGCUCACCUUCAUACUCGUCACUAUAGCAUCAGUGUUUCCCUACUUGCUCAUCGCUGUGGCUAUACUGGGUGGCAUUUUUGCGCUUUUUAUCAGAAGGUUUCAAGGCAGUAUCAGAGAGCUGAAGAGAAUAGAGAAUGUCAGCAAAUCGCCCUGGUUCUCGCACAUCACCUCAAGUAUUCAUGGCCUGAACACAAUACAAGCCUACAAUAAAACCAAUGAUUUCAUUAAACGAUUUAAUGAGUUAAGUGACAGGAAUUCCGGCCACCUCUAUCUGUUCCAUUGUUCCAUGCGCUGGCUCGCUCUGAGAAUCGACUCUCUCACGGUCCUUAUGACUCUCACUGUGGCACUCUUUGUCAUCUUGAGUAAAGACUCAGUCUCUGCUUCAGACAAGGGGCUUGCUUUAUCAUACACCGUUCAGCUGACAGGGUUGUUCCAAAUGUGCAUCCGAAUGGCAAUUGAAACAGAGUCCAGGUUCUUAUCUGUGGAACGAAUCGUGGAAUAUAUACAGACUAGUGCAUCAGAAACUCCACUCCACACCAUAAAGUCGGACGUACCCAAGAACUGGCCAAAUUGUGGUGCAAUUAAGUUUGAGAAUUAUCAGAUGAAAUACAGACCAGAUACUCCGAUAAUCCUGAAGGGACUGAAUUUAAGUAUAAAUCCCCAGGAACAUAUUGGAAUUGUUGGAAGAACAGGAUCUGGGAAGUCGUCUUUGAUUGUUGCUUUGUUCAGACUGGCGGAUUCCGUGACGGGGAAAAUCCUGAUCGACAACGUUGACAUUGGCACAUUAGCUCUGGAAGAUUUGCGAAGUAAACUCUCCGUCAUUCCGCAAGACCCCGUCCUGUUUGUGGGCACAGUGAGGUACAAUCUCGACCCCUUUGGGAAAUAUAAAGAAGAUGCAAUUUGGGAUGUCCUUGAAAGGACAUACAUGAAGGAAAUGGUGACUAAGCUCCCUAAGAAACUGGAAGCGGAGGUGGUGGAAAAUGGAGAAAACUUCUCGGUGGGAGAACGUCAGUUGCUGUGCAUGGCCAGAGCACUCCUGAAGAACUCGAAGAUAAUAGUGUUGGAUGAAGCUACAUCCUCCAUCGAUUCGGAGACUGAUUCCUUGAUUCAGGACACCAUCAAAGAAGCUUUCAAAGACUGCACCAUACUAACAAUCGCACAUCGGAUCAACACCGUUCUGGAAUGUGACAGGAUACUAGUUAUGGAUGAUGGAAAGGUUGUGGAAUUUGACACUCCAGCUGCACUGUCACAGAAUCAGAAUUCCGUUUUUACAUCCAUGCUGGUGGCAUCCAACAACAUGAGUUCAUAAAUAGGGAGUGGAGCCAAUUCAAACAGCUGGUCCUGAUUCCUAAUGAAAGAUAUUAUGAUUGGAUCAGAAGAAGAUUGAUGGCAGGGGAUUUGAGUUUUAAAUGCUCUUAUGGAGCUGGAUGCAGUUACUUGAAUAAAUCAAUCAAUGUAACAGCGAAUUAUUUAGAUGAUCUAAAUGUUUUGACUGUGGAAAGAUAAAUUGGUUCCUAGUAUUAUUAUAAUAAUAAUAUUAAAAUUACACAUCAUGGGUCUGAGAUAAUUUAUUUUGUGAAUUAAAACAUUAGACGCACAGUGUAAAGGAAUGUUGUAGAUAUUUAUUAGUAUAUUAACCAGAGUUCUUAAUUACAAAUUGAUGUUGAUGGUGAUGAUGAUGAAGAAA